UGAUACUAUUGGCUAGCUCUUGCACCUUACUAAGCGAAUUAAGGGCACCGACCCCGCAAUUACAUCUGAGCCCCUCCUCCUUCGCGCGUACUCUGUACGCAAUACAAAAGGCAGAAGAGUCCAAGCAGAGUCAAUACUACGGAUAAGGGUUGGAUUUCUCACGGGCUCAAAUUGAGACGAUCGUCGAUCGUCCCGAUCAAUCCGAUUGAUCCCCGAAUUGAGAUCACUGCCUACUGCACCGUCGCUCUUCUCGUCGCCGAUCGCACAUCGCUUCAGGUUAGUCGGUCCCCGAUUUCGUCCUCUCUAGCGUUUUGUUUCUCUUACUACCUGGGGGGGGCGGAUUCCGUGUCUUAUAAGGUUCCUGUUUCGCACCACGACGGUUCUCCAGUCCUUCGAUCUGCCUUCCGUUAUCAAAAGCUUUGAUUUUUUUUCAGCAUCCGGGUGUGAAUUUUUUUUCCCGAUUCUCUCCCUCUUCCCGUGCUUGAAAGAUUUUCCGGAAAGUGAUGUUGAAUGUCGUCUGCUGUUGCUUGUUUUGUUGAUGCUCUCUAUAAUCUCUCGUUACGGCUGCCUGCACUGGUGCCUCGCGGUAUUGGGUGUGGUUUGUUCGCUGUGAAAAGAGUUUUUUUUUUUUUAAUUAAUAUGUAUGUGAGCACCAGCUCGGGCAUGCGUAGACCCUUUGCGAGUUUUGAACGAUAGCAGGAAGGGUGAGCGAGAUCUUUUUGUAAAUUGAUUUGAUGAACGUAGAGGCAGAUAUGUCGGGGCAUGUAUCUAGUCAAUCGGGCGCUCAGUUGCCUGGGGUGUCCCACCAAAAUGGGAAUGCUGUCCCGGAUAUAGUAGCUGCAGGCGGCGGUGUCCCUCAUGCUGCGUUCGGGGUGGACACGGAUCUUGUCAGAGCUCGGCGCUACAUGCAAGAGAAGAUCUUUGUUCUCUUAGCACAGCGGCAUCAGCAGCCAAUUAAUGACUCGCAAAUGCAGAAGCUGAAGGAUAUUGUUAUACGCCUCGAAGACGGUCUCUUCAAAUCUUCUCACUCAAUGGAUGAGUAUAUGAAUUUGGACACAUUGGAGUCCCGGUUGCAUAGUUUGAUCAAGCGUCCAUCUCCUAAUAAUCAAAAUCCAGUCAAUCCUAUCUCAAUGACAACGAUGAUUCCAAGUCCUGGAUUGUCGCAUAAUGGGAGUUCGACCAUGACGGUGACAACUUCAGUGGAUGGACCUAUGAGUAAUAUAGCUGGGAGUAGUAGCGUGCAGCCAACGAAUGCAAACACGGGAAGCCUUAUGUCAAACAGAAUUAAUCCAAAGGCAUAUAUAUCGGGGCAUUUAUCUUGUCAAUCGGGCACUCAGUUGCCUGGGUUAUCCCAGCAAAAUGGCAAUGUUGUCCUGAAUAUAGUAGCUGCAGGCACUGGUGCCCUUCAUGCUGCGUUCAGCGUGGACACGGAUCUUCUCAGAGCUCGGAGCUAUAUGCAAGAGAAGAUCUUUGUUCUAUUAGCACAGAGGCAUGCACAGCCAAUUAAUGACUCUCAAAUGCAGAAGCUGAAGGAUAUUGUUAUACGCCUCGAAGACGGUCUCUUCAAAUCUUCUCACUCAAAGGAUGAGUAUAUGAAUUUAGGCACAUUGGAGUCCCGGUUGCAUAGUUUGAUCAAGCGUCCAUCUCUUAAUAAUCGAAAUCCAGUCAAUCCUAAUUCAAUGACACAACGAUGAUUCCAACUCCUGGAUUGUCGCAUAAUGGAAUUCGACCCUUAUGCGGAAGAACAGGAGGAGAAGAACGUGAGACAUCUGACUAGGGAGAACUCUCUAAUAAUGAAGUUUCGUUACUUGAAGCUUCUAAGGAGUCCUCAACAAAUUCGGCAUGAUUUAAUCGUCAUUUCUUGUGAAACCUUAUAUGUUAUGGGAUGUUAUUCUGAAUUUGCUAGUGAACUCGUGGGAUGACAGAGAGAUCCAAAGGCGUGAAACUUAACUGUUCAUGUGGUAAUUAAUGGUUUGCAAUUUGUUUAUGUGCCUGGUCAUGUGUCGUGUUAAGUAUUCCAAGCUCUGUUUAGACAGCAUUCGAGUAAUGUUCGAUGUUAUGAAACUUAUAAAGCUGGUGGCCCCUUAUAUUAUGGAACUAAUGCUGAUUUCUCGCA